ACAGCUUUUUAAUUCACAAAUUUUAUUUCACAUUUGUAACAAAAUGAAUAUUCGUUUUUACUCCGUAAUAAUUUUACUUAGUUUGUCAGUAUUAAGUUCAGUAAGUUUUCCAACAACUCAAAAACUGGUUAGUGUCAAUACAACAACUGAAAUUAAUGGCUGGCACAUCGGCGAAGAAAAGAAAACGAAGAAAGUUGAUGGAAAAAGACUGUUUGAUGUAAAACCUAAUUGUAACGGAGCAUUUGUCAAAUCAUUGGGAGUUUGCAUGUCUGGACCUACCAUGUCAAUUAACUGAAAAUUAACUGUGAUUGUGAUUAUACGCGUGAGGUGUAUUUUUUUUAUCAUUUAUGAAAAGACAAAAUAUUUAGUUUGGUUAGUAUGAUGUCAAUCAGCCAUCUUCGGGUCAAUUUAUGUAUUAUCUUGAAUGUGUUAUUGUGAAAAUAUCUUUAUUACUGUUAAUAUAAAACCUAAAAGUGAUUUGUUUCGAACAAAAUGUGGUAUUUUUUAAAACUCAUUUUCCUUCUUCAAAUUGUUUUGUUUAUGGUUUUAAUAAAAAUAUAUGCUAGUCCGGUUAAUAGCGAACUUACAGAUAAGCCUCUUAAAAAAAUUGAAAUUGAAAACACGACUUCGAAGCAAAGUAAGUAAUGACCAUGUUCAAUAAAUUAUUCUAGGGGACGUCGUUUUUCGUGGAGAAACAUUUUGCAAUAUUUGCACCUAGAUGUUCUCAUGUUAGGCUCAACAAGAGAUGUCGGUUUUUUUGGGAUGAUAAAAGUAGUGAUAACAGUUGAUAAUCAAUUGUAACAAUUUUUAAAUAAAUACGAAGAAGUGUUUGUGUCAUUUAUUUAUUCCUGUUGAGUAUUUUGUAGCAAUUUUAAUUUUUCUACGUACUAAGUAAUCUGCUGUGAAAGGUCGAAUGUCGAUCAUUGAUUAAUUUUAUUUCAACUGUUGUCUUAUAAUUAGUUUUUAGCCAAGUUAAGUUUUAGUUAUGAGAAUUAUGAAUUUCAUAGCAUUUGGGCUAAUUUUGCUCGUAUUUACAUUAUGUUUGGCAGAUCUAAAAACAACCCCGGCAAUUAAUGCAACUAAUGUUACUUUGGCUUCGAGAAAUCUGAUUAGUGUAAUACGCUGUCAACCACCGAAAAUUUUGGUGGAGUCGAAGUGUGUCCUAGCUUGGUAAAAUUUAUUGCAGUCAUAAUGCAUUAUUUCUAAGUAAUAAAGAAAUGUUUCGUAAUGUAAACAUUGAUAAGUUACUUGUGGCAAUUAUUUUAUGCAGAUUAAACGUAUUUCUGUAGUCAAUAUGAAUUUUUUCUUACUAUUUUUAAUUGUUACUGUUAGUGUGGGUUUUCCCACGAGGAAUUCAACGAAUGAAUUGUGUUUAUCUUGCAAUACAGAUUCUGAUCGAGACUUGAAAACAUUGUAUCCGGAUGAAACAACUGCUGCUUCAAAAGUGUUUUUUUCUCCCAGGAACCUUUUUAGAGUGAAAUCUAACUGUAACCCCGGAGAACGUAUGGAUAGAGCUGGCCGUUGUCGCGAAUUAUUUUAGUCAAAAUAACGCAACAUUUAACCCAAAUAUUUUUAUGUACUUUUAUCAAUCAGGAUAAAACACAAAUAAAUAAUUGAUAACACUUGCACCAGAUUACGUUUCUUAACAUUUAAGUCAACGUUCAACUCUAGCAAUGAAGUUUUCUGUGGCAUUUCUAGUAUUGUACUUGUGUGUUUUUCAAACCAAUUUUGUGAAAUCUGGAGUCAUUCUCGACAAAAUUAAGACCGGCGUAGCUGACACUCGACAAGGUAUUAGAUGUGGAAUACACAAAAUUGGGGGUUUGAUCAGCCAUCAUGAUGCAGAGUGUGACAUAAAACAUAAUGAAAUUGAUACGACUGAAAAAAUCGACAAGAAAGUUACUGAAGCUAACGGACAUGGUCAUAAGACUCCCGAUGUUACACAAAGCUCUACAGCAAAAAAUGUUACAUUUCAAGGUCGAAGGGUCAUAGGUGUGGGUGCAAAUUGCCCGCCAGGUUAUCGUGGGGAUGGAAAAGGGAAUUGCAGAGAAGAAUACUAGUUUUAAACAAUCAAAAUAUUAUAAUAAUAGAUUAAAUGUUUUUUUUAGAUAACUAGUUUCGUUGUGUAGAAUUUAAAAAAAUAAAAAGUGAAAAUUAUUUUUAAUAUACUA